UUAGACCUAACCAAAUCGAAAUGGAGGACAUGUUACACAAUAAAAGUUUACAAUAUUUCCCUAGUUACAAAGUCCUACCUAGGCAUGUAAGGACGGGGUCGAUCAACCAACUAGGUACUACCACAGAAUAACAACAGCAUCUACUCUCCUAAACUUUGAUUACCUAUAUUCUUAAUUAGAAUCCAGAUCACGUUUCCGUUUUACCUUCUCUACUAUAACAUAUUCUUUAUUACCUAAAUCUAUUAAUAGGUUUUACUGCCGCACUAAGAGACAUUUAAUGAUUACUUAAACUUUUCCUUGGACUGGGUUAAAUAACCAUUUGGUAUAAGAAUCUGAGUACGGCGGUAAGAAAGGAAAUCCAAUUAGGACAGGACGAUUGGUCACGUAAAUAAUGAACCAUCAAACCUUUAGCAAACAUAAACCUACCUGUAUAAAUAUCGAAUCAAUUAGUAUUUCCUUUGCUCAUACAGUGUCGUCGGACAAAGCAAAUAUAGGGAACGAGUAAGUCUACAAAUGCCGUAUUCUAGAUAAUAUCAUUAAAAGGUAUUGUUACGAGCUAAGUAAAAAUAAAAUAUGACGUAAGUUAAGUUGACAAGCACAGGCACUGCGAAGGGUUGCUGAGUGCGGUUCAGCUGUCUCUCGCACCGCUCCGUGGGCCGUCGCUCCGCUUCCGCCUGAAUGCGCGCCCCGCGACCCUGCCAGGAAAAACAACUUCGCCCCCCGGCCGGCCGCCCACAAUGCUUGCCCAUUUAACCGCCGCUACGCAUUCCACCAUUGCCAUUCCGAAAAGCAGACGGUCUCCAUCAAAUACAAAUCCAAUUAUUACUAAACAAUAUCGUUGGAUUCUUUGUAGGUACCUCAUUACGUUUGCUGAAUUUAGCCGCACAAUUAAGUGUUGUGUUAAGUUUAAAUAAGAGUUAAUUUAAUUGCAAGUGACACACAAUGGUGAACCUGGUUCGUCGAGUGGUUUUCCUCUUCAUGACACUGGUUAUCACCAAUGAAGUCUUUGCCAAUGACUACGCUGUGGAACCUGAUCUUGAGUCAUACGGAGAAGAAGAUUUAGCGGAAAUGAUACCCUCCAUGGAAAAUGAUAAGUACAUCCGGCACAUUCAUUCUAUGAUCAACGCAUACAGAGAUGACAUUUUGGGACGUCGAACGGUCAUUGAAACAAAUGCACUUGUUGACACGAAGUACAAAACUUGGAAACGUAAUGGAGACUUGAUAAAUUCACUUCUGGCACUACCCAAAGGCAUGAAUGACGCCGGCCGUUAGGCAUUUACUCGACUUAGAUGUAUUCAAUUACUGUGAUUAAUACAAUAUAGUAUUAUUAAUAUUUAUGACAUAAGGGAUCCUAAAACAAUCUGUUACUAAUAUAAAAAUAAAAAAAUACAGUUCCUGUUUUCAAAACAUAUAUUUAUUGUACCAUAUUGUAAUUCUACACUAAUUCCACCUUCAUAGAGGGGUAACUAAAAUUAAGAGGUAUUUACAGUUACUUGUAACUACACAAUACAUGUUGUUGUAUACCUUACAUGUGUGCAUUCAACAGAGACAGAACGCUGUUUAUUCAAUCCGUUACAUAUUUUGAGCGUUAGACUCUCAACAUAUUUAUUGCAUAUGAUUACAAUAAUAAUGAAAAAAUAUUAUUCCAUGCUAUUUUACAUUCACAAUGGCAGAGUCACAAUGUUUUUAUAAGUCUAGAUAAUAAUAAUAAUGUAUUCCAUAAGUACAUUAAGUAACAAUAUAUUUACAUGAGCUUUUUAUUUAUAUUGAAGUUCUCAUAAAUGUUGUAACGCAUGAUUUUAAUGCAAUAUACAGAAUACUUAUAAAAA